UCUCCCGCUGUGAAGUGCAACUCGUAUAGCUCUCGUUCCAGUUGAACCUCAGACACGGUGCAGUUGACAGUCCAGUUCUAACGCGUGAAGAUGAUCUACAGCACGUGUAUGUUUUUGUGCUACUAUCUCGGCACUUCAGUGCUGUUGCUUGCGUUUACAGUAUUGCGGCUUUUGAAACUCAUUCCUUGUACACAGUGGAUCAUUUCAGAGUUUGUAAACAAGAUUUCGACAAUCCAAAUGCCCAGGGAGGACUAUUGGGAUUCACUAUUCACAUGGCCUAUGUUAAGCUCCAAACGCUCGUCAAUGCUACUCGAACUGCAAAAGACAGCUUCUUGGGGAAAAAUCGCCCCAGACUCCGAGCUCAUUUCGGUAGACGGAAAAUCACGUUAUCGUCUCUUAGAAUUUUGCAGAGGCAACCGUCCUCUCGUCGUCAACUUCGGCAGUUGGACCUGCCCUGUUUUCAGAACAAGGGUGAACGAGUUCCUCUCCAUCGUGCGAGAAUUCAGGGACGUGGCCGAUUUCUUGACGAUAUAUGUAGAGGAAGCCCAUCCAACCAAUGGUUGGAAAUUGGAGAAUAACAUCACAAUACCACAACACCAAACUCAGGAAGAGAGAUGUAGCGCUGCAAAGAUGAUGUUAGAUUCAGUUGAAUUCAUCUGUCCAGUUUUGGCAGACACCAUGACGAAUGAAGCGAACAAGGCUUACGCUGGCAUGCCUAUCAGACUCUACAUCAUCAGAAGGAACCAAAUACAAUACGCAGGGGGGAUGGGACCCACAUUUUACAAUCUUAAGGAAGUAAGACAAUGGCUUCAGAACAUCAGAAUUCAUCCGAAAACUGCCAGGCACAGAGCGUAGAUAAAUGCGCGGGAAAAAUAAAUGGACUUUAGUAUCACUUUAGACAACUUCUUGCUCUAGCACGCUAGACGCACGUGGAAUAUUUGAAUCUGUAUGCACGCUUUGACCGCAGACCACUUCAGUCUGAUAAUUAAGUAGUAUUUUGAAGGAUUAUUGUCUGGAGGAAACAAGCCGCCAAGACAAUUUACUGUGGGAAUUUUAAAAAAAAAUUGAAGGAAGAAAUGGUGUACAUAAGCAUCUUCAAGUCUGGUAUAAAUUUAUUGUAAAACAAGAAGAAUUUUGUACAUUAUACAUACAUAUUGUAACUAUUAUUUUGAUACUGCAGUUGUCAGGUCCAUAGAUAUUACUAAGUGACGACCACGCAUAGUGGGUAAUGUUCUGUUUCAAUGUCACGUUCUAAGUCGGAACAUUGUACUAUUCAAAGGGAAGCUGUGAAUAAAUUACUACACAAGCACAAAUUACUCUACGUAAUUUGGCCUCGAGGCGCAUGUGGUACAUACAUUUGUGCGUAACUGUGAAAGCCGCCUAUGAGGCAGAGCUGCUUGUGUCCUUUUACAAACGUUUUUGCAGAAAGAACGCGCGCGCUAUCAAAAUCGCGUAAGUUCUGUAGUGUUUGAGGGUAAUCAAAAGUCAAGAGGCACCAGGUGUAAGUGCACUGUUUGAAUCACCUCCCAUCACUUUGUACGUAAGAAGUAAUUAAAUGACGUGACAUAUUUUAAUUAAUAAAUUCCUAUCCGAUGUAUCAUUGUAUACUUUGCAAGCAAAAUGGCGGAAAAAGUCAAGAUCAUCUUGUGGCAGUUAUAAAAUGGAGAAACGUGUUUUGAGUAGCGUCUAAUUUGAAAGGAAGGUCACGUCCAGCUAAGAAACAGGGUCUUCGUUUUGUGCUCCUGGUUGCAUGGCGAGUUUGCUUCGACAAACAAGUUAAAGCGUAAAUGAGAUUGUCCGACAGAAACAUGUUUUCCCAACUGAAAAAGAGAACUCUUUAUUGUAAUAUGAAGAAUCUGUCUCUC